GAGCUGCUAGAGGAGGAGAGCCAGGCGAUGGAAGAAGAAGCGGAGGAGGACGAGAACCUGCCACCGGGGGAAGAGCAGGGGAUGCGGGACAGCCUGCUUGGGGGAACCCCGGAAGGGGUGGCGGUACCCGCUGAGGCACCCGGACCGGGCAGCCGGGAGAAGGAUGUCCGAAGCAGGCCGCCCGAGGGAGGCUUCGGCUGGGUGGUGGUGCUGGCGGCCACCUGGUGCAGCGGCUCCAUCUUCGGCAUCCAGAACUCAUUCGGGAUCCUCUAUGUGAUUCUUCAGGAGGAGAUGGAGGGCAACAAAGGACAGGGCAUGGACUUCAAGACAGCUUGGGUCGGAUCGCUGGCCAUGGGGAUGAUCUUCUUCUGCUCUCCGGUUGUGAGCAUCUUCACAGAUAGGCUGGGCUGCAGAAUAACCUCAUCUGGAGGAGCUGCGGUGGCUUGCAUUGGAUUGCUGUCCAGUUCAUUCACAAACUCUCUUGGCGUGCGAUAUUUCACCUACGGCAUCCUCUUUGGCUGCGGAAGCUCCUUUGCUUUCCAGCCUUCUUUGGUCAUUCUUGGUCACUACUUCAAGAAGCGGCUUGGACUGGCUAAUGGCAUUGUGGCUGGUGGUAGUUGCGUGUUCUCGAUGUGCCUUCCUUUCUUACUGAAGACCAUGGGUAAAGCUAUCGGGCUGGCACACACCUUUCAAGUGCUGAGUGCAUUCAUGUUUAUCCAGAUAUUCUUGUCGCUCACCUUCAAACCUCUCUUGCCCCCUCCCAUUGAUUACAGCAAAGAGAUGGAAAAAGUGCCUGGAAGAAGCAAGGCUCAUCAGUGCCUGGCACACACUCGGAAGUAUUUUAGUAUGCGGGUUUUUCGGAAGAAAACUUACACAAUUUGGGCAUGUGGCAUUGCAAUCACAGUUCUUGGAUACUUUGUUCCCUAUGUUCAUCUGAUAAAGUUUGUGGAGCAGAGAUUCAAAGAGAAUACACAAGAAUGGGUCCUCUUGCUCUGUAUUGGAGCCACAUCUGGCAUUGGACGUCUUGCAUCUGGCAAAAUCGGUGACUGCAUCCCGGGUCUGAAGAAGAUCUAUUUGCAGGUGGCCUCGUUCCUGCUGCUGGGAAUCAUGAGCAUGAUGCUGCCGUUGUGCCAAGUGUUUGAGAGUGUCAUUGUGGUGUGCCUCUUCCUGGGCUUGUGCGAUGGUUUUCUGAUCAGCUUAAUGAGUCCUAUCGUCUUUGAGCUGGUGGGGCCAAUGCAGGCCUCUCAAGCAAUUGGUUAUGUCCUUGGACUUAUGGCCAUCCCGAUGACAGCUGGACCCCCUAUAGCAGGUCUCCUGCGGGAUUACCGAGGAAGCUAUGACUUGGCGUUUUACCUGGCUGGCAUUCCACCUCUGGUUGGAGCGCUGAUUCUUUUGUCUGUUCCUUUGAUCCAUGAGAAAGAUCUGAAGAAGGCGCAGCAGGUAGAGGAAGAUAAAGAGAAGGCACAGGAUAGUGUGGUGAACGGAGAGCUUCUACCCGGCAGCCCUGUAACAGAUGCUUGUGUGUUGUCUGCUGCACAAGAUCCUGUACCAGCAGGGCACAAACUGCAGCUUGAGUCGGCACUAAACAGCAAUAUGUAGCCUGAGCAAGACAACGGUUCUUAAUUGUUACUGUUGGUUGUAUUUCUGUUUUGAUCCAUUUCUUGUCCCAGUUUUGCAAUUCAGGUCUGCUUGGCUGUCAGACCCACAGGGACACCGGUUCAAACAGUGCAUUUAACACAGCCAAAUGGUUUUCAUAUAAGUGCAUAGGCUUAGGUGUGGAUGUGAUUAGAUACCAACUAUAUUCUGUAAGUGAACAGUUUUAUUAUGGGGACUACUUGUCUUCCUCCCCAUAACAUUUUCCAACAGGAUUGUAAACAGGGCUCGGUAGGGUGAUUAGUCUUAUUUACUCCUUACUAGCCCUGGCUGCCAACUAUACAAUGAAAGGUGCACUCCAGCUGUGCCCCAUUUGAAUUGAUGUUUUCUCCCCUUCUAAAUACAUGGGGAAGAAU